UACGAUUUCGAAAACGACCCGACGCGUCCCGCCGCCGGCGACAAAACCGCCCGAUUUCUCUGACGAAUCCAGUUUCUUAUAACCUUCGUCAAUCAAGUUCUCGAACGUCCUAUUUAGCGAAUUUUUCUGUACUUUUUAGUGAAAGUGUUUUGACUUGAGUGUUUCGUGACCCUAUUGGAUUAUUGGCUGUUUCUAUUUCGUGUGGUUGAAGCCUAUCAUCAGAGCGGCAGUAUUGGUCCAGCCGCGAGCGUAAUGUUCCCAAGCUAACAAUGGGGGUUACCGAAGAUUUAGCCCCUAGCUUCACGCAGAAGCCACAGCUGCGACAGGAAGACGAUGGCAACAAACUCGUCUUCGAAUGCCAGCUGGUCGCAUCGCCCAAACCGGAGAUAUGCUGGUUUAGGAGCGAUGAACUGCUCAAAGAAGAUAAUAGGACCAAGUUCAAGAUCCAGAGCAUCGCCAACAACAAGUUCCUGGUGGUGCUUGAGUUAGAUGACGUGAUCGAGACCGAUGCGGGGCUGUACAAAGUUAAGGCUAAAAAUAAGAUGGGCGAGGUGGCCGCUUCCAUCAACCUUAACUUCAGCCCCGCUGACGAAGAAAAACAGAAACAAGUGGACGGUAAAGCGCCAACUUUCGCGCGUAAACCAGCCAUCAGACAAGAAGAUGAUGGCAAGCGGCUAAUAUUCGAGUGCCGCAUUGAAGCUGAACCCUUACCCCAGGUCUCCUGGUUCCACAGUGGCGUGGAGGUCAAACCUGGAGCCAGACAUAAGUUGACCGUGAGCAAGGAAGCAAAAUCCUACUAUGCAUCACUGGAAAUUAACAACGUAACAGUAGAAGAUGCUGGUAAAUACAGGGUUACAGCUAAGAACGAACUGGGCGAAAGCAAUGCCACAAUCAGUUUGAACUUCGAUAGCGACGAAGCGCCCGUACCUGAGGACUUUAUCAAACCGACAUUUACGGAGAGACCAGUCAUCAGGCAAUCGGAUGAUGGUACCAAAAUCUCAUUCGAAUGUCGAUGUGUUGGCAAACCGAAACCAACCAUCACAUGGUACCAUGGUAAAAAGAUGAUAAAAGAAAGUAGUCGAUACAAAAUAACGUUAGAAGAGGACCAAACAUUAUAUCAUAUGGCGCGACUCGAAAUCUUAGGCGUUGAGAAUUCGGACAGAGGAGAAUACAGGGCUGUAGCGAAAAACAAACAUGGUGAAGGCGUAGCAAAAAUAAACCUUAACUUCGAAGGCGGAGAUAAACCAAAAAUACCCGACGGUAAAGCACCGAGAUUCCCUAAAAAGCCGACCAUUAGACAGGAAGGCGAAGUACUUAUAAUGGAAUGUAUAUUAGAAGCAUACCCAGCUCCAGACAUCACGUGGUUCCACGGAGAUAAAGAAAUUAGGGAUGGUGCAAAAAUGAAGAUGUCCAGAAAAGCCACCGGAAAAGAUACAUUUAAUUUGACUUUAGAAAUUUUAGGCCCCACGCGGGAAGAUGGGGGCAAUUAUAGGUGUAACGCCUUCAACUUGUUUGGCGAGAGCAAUGCCAAUAUUGCUCUCAAUUUCCAAGGUGGGGAUGACGAAAAUGGUUUCCCACCAUCAUUUGUGGAGAAACCCCGAAUCAUUCCCAACGAGGACGGCACACUCAUUACGAUGCGUUGUGUCUGCAAAGCAAAGCCGGCGGCCGAAGUCACGUGGUACAGAGGCACGACCGUCAUCAAGGCUAGCAGUAAAAUCGAAAUCAAAUCAUCCGAGAUGGGUGAAGACGUUUAUGAGUUAUUGUUGCUUUUGACAAACCCGACGGCAGCGGAUGGUGGCUCUUACCGCUGUCACGUCAAAAACGAAUUUGGCGAAAGCAACGCUAAUCUUAACCUGAACAUUGAGGCUGAACCAGAACCGGAAGGUGAAGGCCCGACAUUUGUCGAGAAGCCAACGAUUCAGUCAAAGGACAAUGGCAAAUUAGUUAUAAUGGGAUGCAAGGUCAAAGCUAGCCCGCGACCGACGAUCGUGUGGUACCACGAGGGUAAAGAAAUCAGGGACUCGUCGAAAAUUAAGACCAGGGUUGAGGUCCACGAGGACAUAUACACAAUCAUAUUGGAACUCAUCGAUCCUGGUAUUGAAGACUCCGGAUUGUAUAAAUGCAACAUUAAAAAUGAACUUGGAGAGCUCAAUGCGAAUCUUACGCUCAAUAUUGAAAUCAUUCCAGUUAUCAAAGAGAAACCAAAGAUCAUUAAGAUAGUUAAGAAGAAGACUGUUAUUGUUGAAUGUAAAGUAUUAAGUAAAUUUGCACCUGCUUGCACAUGGUUCAAGGAAAAUACCGCUGUGAAAGAAGGCUCUAGGCACACUGUGCUUAUUGAGCCUAGCAGAGAAGGCGAGUUCACAGUCAAAUUGGAAAUCUCAAACGUGUCACAAACGGACAAAGGUUCAUACAAAUUGGUGGCCAAGAACGAGAAGGGAGAGGCGACAUCACAAGUCGUCGAGAUCUCAGACAUCCCAGAAGAAAAGGGUGAUAAGCCACAGAUCAUUAAACAUCUGAGGAGCUUGGCCCGCAAAGAAAACGAGGAAGCCGAAUUUGUAGCUGUCCUGAAGACGUCAGACCAGUCGUGCAGAUGCACAUGGUACAAGAAUUCGACUGUCAUCAGAGACUCAUCGGAAGUUAACACAUCAUUCGACGGAACCAACGCCAGACUGAUCAUCAGGAAGGUGUCUACUAAAUACGUCGCCAACUACAGAGUAGUGAUCAAGAACGAAUAUGGAGAAGACGAGUCCAGUGCGGACUUGACUAUUGUCGAGGAAAAGAAAAAGAAGAAGGAGGAAGAGGAGGAAGAGACGACUGUCAUUGAGGAGUCUGAAGAAGAAAUGUCGAUAGUGGAGGAGAAAUCCAUUAUUGAAGAAAACCACGUCGAAGAGAAAAAGAAGGAAGAAGAAAAGAAAUCAAUGAGAAAGAUGUCACAGAAAGAGGAAGUCAAAGUGGAACAAAAGAAAGAAGAAGUUUCUAUUGAAGCAAAGAAAACUGAAUCGAAAGUUGAGGCUAAGAAAACUGAAUCUAAGAAGACUGAAUCUAAGAUUCAGGAAACCAAAAAGGCGGAACUUGAAGCUGAAGAAACUAAGAAGAUAUUCGAGAAGAGGCUUUCGAAAUCCGAAGAAGAAAAGAAAGCUCUUCUUGAAAAACUUGAAAAGAAGAAACCUGAACCUGAACCGGAAAAGAAAAUUGAAGGCAUUCCAAAACUUAGGCCCACUAAGCCUAAGGAAGAACCAGUUGAGGAAAAGAAGGAAGAAGUCAAGAAGAAGACAGAAGAAAAGAAAAAGGUGGUCAAAAAGAAGGUCGUUGCUAAAAAGGACGAGGACGAAAUCGAGUUCGUCGAUGAUUACGAGAGACCCGUUUUGGAGAAAUAUGAAAAGAUUACUCCGACGCCGCUCGAUAAAAAAGCUAAAGAGGAUCACACACCAAAGGGAAAACGCGCAUCUAUCGCUGAUAGCGUUAAAAGUGAACAAGAAAGUGAAGAGGAACCUUCAGUGGCAGCCCCUGCACCUGAGAAAAAAUCUAAAGUUGAACCUGCUAAGGUCGAAGAAGAAAAGACUGAACCACCAAAGCGGCCCAGUAUCAAAAAGGGUGUACCAAAACCGGAGGAACCCGUUGACGAGUUAUCUAAAGUUAAGCUCGGCAAGGCUCCUUCAAAACCAGAAGAGACUAAACUUGAGGAACCACAGGUCGCAAAGACCAAAAAACCGGUUAAAAAGCCGGAGGAAGCCGAAUUCGUCGAUGAUUACGAAAGGCCCGACCUCGAAAAAUACGAUAAAAUGACACCAACUCCGUCAGAUAGGACCAAAAAACAAAACGGAGUUAAAGAGGCCGAACCAGAAUUUGUGGACGAUUACGAAAAACCAGAACUUGAGAAAUAUGAAAAGAUUACUCCUACACCCAAGGACAAACGUCGUCCUAGUGACACUGAGGAUGAUGUAGACAUGAUGAAAGGUAAAAUUAAGCCUAAAGAAAAAGAACCCGAACCUGAAGUGCCUACACUCCGCAAACGGCCUGUCCAAAAGGACAAGGAGGAGGAGAAACAGCCUGAGGAGAAACCAAAGGCUAAACCAAAGAAAAAGGACGAACCUGAAGCUAAAAAGCGUCCUUCUCUUAAAGAGAAAGAGGUCGCUGUUGAGGAGUUUGUCGACGAUUACGAGAGGCCAGUUCUCGAGAAAUACGAGAAAAUCACACCUACACCAAUUGAGAAAAAGAAAAAGGAAGAGAAACAGCCUGAGGAGGAAGUACCCUCAGCAACGGCUACUGCUAGACGACGAUCUGUCAAAGACAAAGAUAAGCCAGAGCCUAUGGAUGUUGACGAAAGCGUCAGCCUCUCUAAGCCGAAGGCACCAGUCAAACCUGGCAAGGAGCCUGAAGACGUUUCACUCACACACAAAACACCUGCUGAAAUUAAACCUACGGAGGACCAGGCUGAAGCUAAACUCAGUGUUAAAAAACCAGAAAUUGUCGAAGAAAAAACUCUUAAGAGACCUACACCCAAAGAUAAAAAGGACAAAGAAGACAAGCCUGAGGACACUGAAGAAGCUGUCAGUAUAACCAAACCUAAGACAAGCACUACAGCUCCUGAAGAAGCACAACUCACACAAAAGACACCUGCUAGGAGAAAGCUAACGGAGGGUACUGAGGCAGCACAGUUGAAAGUCAAAAAACCUGCUGUCGUUAAAAAGGAUAAGGAAGACGAGGAUCAGGACCCAAUCGUAGUAAAAGGUGGUAAAUUUGAGAAACCCCAGCUCAAGAAAACAGUUGUUAAGAAGCCAACAGAACAGCCUAAACGAGCUGUAAUAGCUGAGCAAGAGAGUGACGAUGAUGAUCUUGUCCUUAACCGCAAAGAUCCAGUGAUUGAACUCGACUUUGUCGAUGACUACGAAAGACCAGUACUUGAAAAGUACGAAAAGAUUUCCCCAACUCCCACAGUACGAGAGAAGAAAGAAAAGGAAGCAACUAAGACCGAAAGCCGUAGGACAUCGUUCCAAAGCGAGGUCAAAGAAGAAACAAAAUCAGAGAGCCGCAGAAGCUCUAUUAUUGAAAACAAAGCUGUUAAGCAACUUACAAAAGAAACUGCGGAAAGUAGAAAGUCAUCAAUUUCAGCUGUGGCUGAACAACAAGAAGUUACUGCUCUAAAGAAGACAGCUCAAAAGAGCACACUAAAGGCGGCAGAAGCGUCUGAAAUGGAACAAGUUAAACUUAAGAAAGUCGCCGUUAAGGAAGAGAAGGUCGAAGAAGAAGCUAAGAAGGCCAAGGUCACAUCAGUCAAGAAGAAGGCUGAGGAUCUACCUGAAAUUGCUGAUUACGAGCGACCUGAACUUGAGAAAUUCGAAAAGAUGGACUUUACUCCAUCAACCAAAGAUAAACCAGAGAAGCCUGCGCCAAAGGUACCUGAAAUCAAGGCUCCAGAGGAGAAGCCUGCGGCACCUAAGAUCGAGGUUAUCCGUGAGAAGUCACCGAAACCUGACAUGCCAAGGAAACCCUCUCUUGUACCCGGUGCUCCCGUGGGUAGACGUGGUUCCCUCAUUCCUCCUCCAGAGGAAAUGGGAAGACGUCCUUCCCUUAUCAUCAGCGACGAGGUCAAGAAAUUACGUCCCGGCGAAGUAUUAGACGAGAAAAAGCGACGAAAAUCCGGAGACGCCAGGAGGCCAUCAGUGCAGGAUCUAGAAGAUCUUAUCAACAAACCGUCAGUGCCUCUCAAACCUAUUGGAAAUGAGGGUCCACCGGUCAUCGUCGACGUCCAAGAAAGUUACUCUGCUGUUGAAGAUCAAACCGGCUACCUCACUGUACAAGUGGAAGGUAGCCCAGCACCCACGUUCAAGUUCUACAAGGGUGUCAGUGAGAUCAUUGAAGGUGGUCGCUUCAAGUUCAUCACCGAUGGUGAAACUGGUCUCAUCACCCUCUGCAUGAGGAAGGUCAAGCCUAAUGAUGAAGGAAAAUACAAGAUUGUGGUCAGCAACAUCCAUGGCGAGGAUUCAGCUGAAAUGCAACUUUAUGUAUCCGACGCCAGUGGUAUGGACUUCCGUGCUAUGCUCAAGAAGAGGAAGUACGCCAAAUGGGGUGAAAAGAAAGAGGAUCCCGACUGGGGAGACCUCAAGGAGACAGAAAAACCAAUCCCACCCCUCAAGAAGGUGGAAAAGAAACAAGAGUCAUUCUUGAAGCCCCUCGUAGAUCAAUUCGCGAAAGAAGGCAAGGAUAAGAAGGUUACAUUCGAAGCCAUCUUUACUAAACCAAAUGCGAAACCGAAGUGGUUCUUCCGUAAAGAUGAACUAUUCCCGGGGUCUAAGUAUAAGAUGACAAACGAACAAGACUCCUACAAAUUGAUCAUCAUGGCCCCUAAGGUUGAAGAUACUGGUAAAAUUACGAUUGAAAUCGGCGGCAUCACAUGCACAGCCUUCUUGCAAGUGGACGAACCAGACCCAACUUACACUUUCACUAAACCAUUAAAGAAGACAACCAGUGGGUACACGAAACACGAAUGUGUGUUGGAGUGUACCGUCUCCAACAGUCUUGCAAUCGUCUCCUGGUGGAAGGGAGAAGAGAAAGUGGAAGAUGGAGAGAUUUACCAGAUUUCCAAGGACUUGUCUGGAGUUUGCAGACUGGUUAUCAAAAACUGCAAGUUCGAAGAUGCAGGAAAAUACACAUGUAAGAUUGAGAAGCAGCCUGACAAGACAGAAACUGAAGUCAAAAUUGUUGAAUACCCAUACAAGUUUACAAAGGUACUCAAAUCACAACAAGCUACUGAGAAAGAUACCAUCACACUUCUCUGUGAGCUGGACGAUGCAUCUGGAGACGUUAAAUGGUUCAAGAAUGAUGAACCGCUGAAAGUAGACAAACGCAUAUCGAUCGUGAAGGAGGGUCGCAAGCGCAAGGUUGUGAUCAAGGACGCCAAGGUCACUGACGCUGGCAACUUCAAGUGUGUCAGUAACGCCGAUGAAACUACUUGCGAAUUGAUUGUCAAUUACUCGAAUCGCUUCAACAAGAAGUUGAAGGACACAGAAGCAAUUGAGAGGGACAAGGUUGUUCUAGAAGUAGAAUUGCAGGAUCAGACCGCUGAAGCUGUUUGGUCUUUCAAUGGACAGCCUAUUGUGCCUAAUGACAGAAUUGAAAUCAAGAACCUGGGUGGUGGUAAACACCAGCUCAUCUUCAACAAGUUGGAGAUGGAAGAUGACGGUGAAAUUCUCUGCGAGUCUGGAAAGUUGUCCUCUUCUUGCAAACUUACCGUCAAGAAGGGUGAAUCCAAACCUACUAUUGAAUGUCCGGAUGAAUUCUGCGGACCUCAUGACAGGCCUUUCGUCAUUGAGGUGCCUUAUAAAAUUACUGGCACCCGACAGACACCAAUUGAAGCAAAACUAUGGAAGGACGGAAAAGCCCUGCCCGCCAAAGAAGUCGAGGCAGUGGUUGAACAAGAAAAGGUCCUAUUCAAGAUCAAGAAACCAAGCAGAGAUCAAUCAGGCAAAUACACAAUUAAAUUGUCCAACGCUCAGGGCGAAGACUCAAAGGAUGUCACUAUUACCAUGCAGAGCGUACCAACUCCACCACAGGAAGUCCAGGUCACAGAAGUCUUCCAGACUUCUUGCGUUGUCGCUUGGAAAACACCACAGGACGAUGGUGGUUCACCCAUCGUCAAAUAUGUUAUUGAGAGACAGGACAUGUCUCUUAAGGCAGGAUGGGAUAACGUAUCAGAGGUGGCUGUUGGCCAGCCAAUGAAAUACAAGGUAGAAGACCUGAUCCCGAAGAAGACUUACAAGUUCAGGAUCCGUGCUGUUAACAAGAUUGGUUCAAGUGAACCUGGUCUUUUCGGCAAGCCUGUGUUGGCUAAGGAUCCUUGGGAUGAACCAUCGAAGCCCAAGAAUGUGGAGCUUACCGACUGGGACAAAGAUCAUGCUGACCUCAAAUGGCAGAAGCCUGACAACGAUGGCGGUGCACCAAUUACUGGAUACGUCAUCGAAUACAAGGAGAAGUUCGGCAAGGACUGGGUAACUGGCAAGGAGGUACCUGGUGACUGCUUAUCUGCCACUCAAGAUGGCCUUAAAGAAGGCUGCACUUACGAAUUCAGGGUCCGCGCCAUCAACAAGGCUGGACCUGGUGAACCUAGUGACACUACCAAACCAAUUGUUGCUAAGUGCAGAUUUGUCAAGCCUUACAUCAUUGGUGAGGGUCUCCAAAGCAUCAUCAUCAAGAAGGGCCAGGUCAUCACCUUCGACAUCAAGUACGGUGGUGAACCUGAACCCGAGGUCAAAUGGAUGAAGGGUGAAGAGAAACGCGGCAAGGCGUACACGGAGAAGGAAAUCAAGGAUGAUGGUGACCGUAUCACCAUUGAUAAGUACGAAAGGAACACCGUACUGACUGUCAGGAGGACCACAAGGCCUGACAGUGGAAAGUACAAGCUGGUACUGACCAACUCCUCGGGCACUUGCGAGAGCAUCGGCGAUGUGGUUGUCUUGGACAAACCCAACCGCCCGAACGGCCCGAUCGAAGUUACGGACAUCCGCGCCGAGAAGGCGACCGUCAAAUGGCAGAAGCCAGACGACUGGCAGGGAUCCGAUAUCACUGGAUACACACUCGAGAAAAUGGAUAUGGAUACUGGAAACUGGGUGCCUUGUGGCGAGACUGGUCCGGAACCAACAGAAUUCACGGUCAAGGGUCUUACCCCGAACCACAAGUACAAGUUCAGGGUGCGCGCUGUCAACAAGGAGGGCGAAUCAGAGCCAUUGGAAACUGAUGGAUUCAUUCUUGCUAAGAACCCCUACGACCCACCAAAGGCGCCUGGAAAGCCUACGAUCACGGAUUACGACAAUAUGUCGGUGACAUUGCAAUGGGAGCCACCAUCAGACAACGGUGGAAGACCAAUCCUUGGAUAUGUCGUGGAGAUGAAGGACAAAUUCUCUCCUGACUGGAUUGAGGUUGUGAAAACAAAUGACACAAACACUGAGUACAAGGUUGAAGGUCUGAAGGAGAAGAUGAUUUACCAGUUCCGUGUCAAGGCGUACAACAAGGCUGGUGUUGGUGAGGCUUCGCAGCCCACUGACAACCAUCUCUGCAAACAUAAGAACUUGAAACCACGCAUUGAACGCAGCACCUUCAAGUCCGUUAUCAUCAAGGCUGGACGUACCCACAAGUGGUCCGUGGAUGUCAUCGGUGAACCUCCACCGGAGAUGACAUGGUCUUGGCGCGAUAACAUCAAGCUAGUUAACACAGAGCGCAUCAAGAUUGAGAACAAAGAAUACCACACCGACUUCACUAUCGUGAACGCUGUUCGCCGUGAUACUGGCAAAUAUAAGCUCAAGGCUGAGAACUGCAAUGGCUUUGAUGAGGAAACUGUCGAGCUCACUGUGCUCAGCAAGCCUAGCGCACCAAAGGGCCCGUUGGAGGUCACAGACAUCCACGCCGAAGGCUGCAAAGUCAAAUGGGAGAAACCAGAAGACGAUGGUGGCUCUCCAGUCAAGGAAUACGAGCUCGAAAAGAUGGAUGUCGCCACUGGCAAGUGGGUCAGAGUUGGCAGAGUUGCCGGUGACAAGAAGCCUCUGGAGAUGGAAGUCACAGGUCUGGAACCUGGUCACCAGUACAAGUUCAGGGUGACAGCCGUCAACGACGAGGGUGACUCAGAGCCUCUUGAGGCUGAACGCGCUAUCCUCGCCAAGAAUCCAUUCGAGGCAUCAGACAAGCCUGGCAACGUGGAAGUCGCAGAUCACGACAACCAGAGCGCCGACAUCAAAUGGGACCCGCCUAAAAACGACGGUGGCGCCCCCAUCCUCAAGUAUAUUAUCCAGAAGAAGCCUAAAGGCGGCGAUUGGGAGAAUGCUGCUGAGGUGCCCGGAUCUCAAACUACAGCCAAGAUCGAGGGCCUGCCGGAAGGUAGCGAGUACCAGUUCCGCGUGGUCGCUGUCAACAAGGCUGGACCGUCCGAACCUUCGGACCCUACCAAGAUGACAACCAUCAGACACAAAGCCUUGAAGCCACGCAUCGACCGCACCAACCUGAAGGCGCUGGCCGUCCGCGCGGGCAAGCCCAUCUUCUUCGAUGUCAACGUCAAGGGUGAACCUGCACCUAAGGUGCAAUGGUUCCGCAAGUGGAAGGGCGAAGAGACUGAGGUGAAAGAAAACGUAAUCAAUGUAGAUUACAACACCAAGCUGGACAUCAAAGAGUCUGUGCGCGCUAUGACCGGUACCUACCGCAUCCUAGCAACGAACGAACAUGGUACUGAUGAAGCUGAAGUCGAGAUCACCGUACUCUCGGCUCCUGGCAAACCUGGUGGUCCACUCAAGGUCGCAGACGUCACCAAGAACGGCUGCAAACUGUCCUGGAAGAAGCCUGAAGAUGAUGGUGGUAAACCAGUAACUGGAUACGUUGUUGAGAAAUUGAACAAAGCGACCGGUCGCUGGGUGCCAGUCGGCAAGACUGAUGACACUGAGAUGGAAAUCAAGGGUCUGCAGGAAGGUGAAGAGUACGAGUUCAGGGUCAAGGCAGUCAACGACGAGGGAGAGUCUGAACCUUUGAAGACCGACCACUCUAUCAUUGCUAAGAAUCCUUAUGACAUCCCUGGCAAGCCAUCAGUCCCAACCAUCGAAGAUUGGGACGUGGACCGCGUGGACCUCAAAUGGGAGGCUCCCAAGAACAAUGGAGGAGCUCCCAUCACCGGCUACGUCAUCGAGAAGAAGGAGAAAUACGGAUCUUGGACCGAGGCGCUUGUUACUACGACCCCAGAAUGCAAGGCUCGCGUGCCGGAUCUGAAGGAAGGCAACGUAUACCAGUUCCGUGUCCGUGCCGUCAACAAGGCCGGACCGGGAGAACCGGGCGAUGCUACACAACCGCACACGGCUAAGGCCCGAUUCUUGAAACCACACAUCAACCGCGACAAGAUGCACGCCAUCCGCGUCCGAGCUGGUACCACCAUCAAACUGGACGUGGACAUCAAGGGUGAACCUCCACCAACCAAGACCUGGACCUUCGCUAAGAAGGUCCUGGAAACUGGCCCAGGGCUGAAGAUCGAGAACGAGGACUACAACACUAAGAUGCAGAUCUCCGACUCGACCUGGGCCAACUCUGGAAUCUACACGCUUAAAGCGGAGAACGAUUCCGGAGUUGAUGAAGCUACGGUGGAGAUUACCGUACUGGACAAGCCUGGCAAGCCGGAAGGUCCACUAGAAGUAUCAGACAUCCACGCAGACCAUGUGAAACUCAACUGGAACAAGCCCAAGCACACUGGUGGGCUGCCCCUGUCUGCUUACGUGGUGGAGAAGAUGGACACCCUCACUGGAAAGUGGGUGCCUGCUGGUACCGUCGACCCUGAUAAAACCGAGGCUACUGUUACUGGCCUAGAAGCGGGUCACACCUACCAGUUCCGCGUAAAGGCUCUGAACGAGGAAGGGGAAUCUGAACCACUGGACACAGACCAUGGUAUCCUGGCCAAGAACCCAUACGACGUCCCAGCCCCACCUGGCCUGCCAGACAUCGUGGAUUGGGAUGAGAAGUCAGCCAAGCUUAAAUGGGAGCCCCCUAUCAGGGAUAACGGUGCUCCUAUCACCGGCUACAUCAUUGAAGUCAUGGACAGAGAUAGAGGAGAGUUUGUCAAGGCUGUUGAGAUCCAAGGCAACAUCUGCCAGGGUACAGUGCCGAAGCUGGAGGAAGGCAACCAAUACCAGUUCCGCAUCCGUGCCCUGAACAAGGCUGGACAGUCCGAACCUUCGGAGAACACCAACUGGCACACUGCCAAGCCUCGAUUCUUGAAACCAAGAAUCGACCGCACAAACCUGAACCCUAUCACCGUCAAGGCUGGAUUACCAGUUUCCCUAGACGUCAAGGUCUUCGGAGAACCACCAGCCAAGGUCACCUGGUACUUCAAGGGUGAGGAGCUGCAGAACAGGGAGAACCUGGAGAUUAUCAAUGUGGAUUAUAACACUAAGUUCUUAAUGACCAAGUCUAAGAGGGCCCAGACUGGAAAGUAUGUGAUUAAGGCCAAGAACGAGGUUGGAGAAGAUGAGGCCGAGGUUGAAAUUACUAUUCUUGGCAAGCCCUCGAAACCACAAGGACCUCUGGACGUGUCUGAUAUCACAAAGAACGGUUGUACCCUCACCUGGAAGAAACCAGAAGAUGAUGGUGGAUCACCCAUCGAGUACUACGAGAUCGAGAAACUUGAUCCGCUUACUGGACAAUGGAUCCCGUGUGCUACAGCAAAGGACUGCAAGGCCAACAUCACAGGUCUAUCAGAAGGCAAGCCUUACAAGUUCAGGGUCAAGGCCGUUAACAAGGAGGGAGAGUCUGAGGAGUUGGAGACAGACAAGCCUAUCAUUGCUAAGAAUCCCUUCGACGAGCCCGGCAAACCCGGACGUCCAGAGCCACGCAACUGGGACAAGGACUUCGUGGAGCUGGAAUGGACUCCACCCAAGGACGAUGGAGGAGCACCCAUUACUGGAUACAUUGUGCAGAAGAGGGAGAAGGGUGGAAGAUCCUGGUCAGACUGCCUCAAGACUUCAGGCGACCGUCCUACUGGUCGCGUGACAGACGUUGAAGAAGGCCACGAAUACGAGUUCCGUGUCAUGGCCGUCAACAAGGCUGGACCGGGAGAACCUUCCGAUCCUAGCAAGAGUGUCAUUGCUAAGCCACGAUUCUUGAAACCACACAUCGACCGCAAGAACCUUCAAAACAAGAAGAUCAAGGUCGGUUCUCCUCUCAAAAUGGAUGCCGAUGUCAAAGGUGAACCUGAACCAACAAUUACCUGGACCUUCAAGGGAGAAACACUCAAAUCUGCUGGCAGAUUGCAGAUUGACAAUAAAGACUAUCACACGACAUUCUCCAUUGACAAGAUGACCAGAGCUGAUUCUGGUAAAUACGUGGUUACAGCGAAGAAUGACUCAGGUGUUGAUACUGUUGAAAUAGAAGUUGAGGUCGUCAGCAAGCCUUCGAAACCGAAGGGACCUCUCAAGGUAUCAGACGUCACAGCGGAAGGUUGCAAGCUCAAAUGGGAGCCCCCAGAAGACGAUGGUGGCGAACCCAUCGAGAACUAUGUGGUGGAACGAAUGGACACGGAAUCCGGAAGAUGGGUUCCUGUCUGCACCACCAAGACCCCUGAAGCCGACGUUACUGGUCUCAAUGAGGGCAAGGAUUAUCUGUUCAGGGUGAAGGCUGUCAACCCUGAAGGAGAAAGUGAACCGCUUGUUACUGAUACCGCUACUACUGCUAAGAAUCCUUACGGCGAGCCCGAUGCACCUGGAAAACCAGAAUUCAAGGAUUGGAGCAAAGACCACGCGGACCUCAAGUGGGAGGCGCCCAAGAACGACGGUGGCGCCCCCAUCACCGCCUACAUCGUGGAGAAGAAGGACCGCGACACCGGCAAGUGGGUGAAAGCUGCUGAGGUGCCCGGAAACAAGACGGAGGCCCGUGUCCCUGAUCUGAUCGAAGGCAAGACCUACCAGUUCCGUGUGAAGGCUGUCAACAAGGCUGGACCCGGAAAGGCGUCUGCGCCUUCCGAGAACCUGCUGGCUAAGGAUAGAUUUGCGCCACCUAAGAUCGACCGCACGAACAUGCGUGACAUUACUCUCAAGGCGGGACAGAACAUCCGAUUGGACGUCAAGGUUAGCGGAGAACCGCCACCAACAAAGACAUGGUUCCACAACAAAGAACGUCUAUCGACUCGCGAAGACCUGACGGUAGACGUAGAAGACUACAGGACCAAGUUAUCCGUAGUAAUUGCGUCGCGCAAGCACAGCGGUACUUAUGUACUCAAGGCUGAGAACUCUAGCGGCAAGGACGAAGCUACCAUCCAAAUUAAUGUACUCGAUGUACCUGCUAAACCUGAAGGACCGCUUAAGAUCUCAGACGUACACAAGGAAGGAUGCACACUCAAAUGGAACCCGCCGCUAGACGAUGGUGGCGCCCCCAUCGACCAUUACUUGGUCGAAAAAUUGGACACAGAGACUGGCCGCUGGAUGCCGGCCAUGAAGACCAAAGACCCGAAGGCCGAGAUUGAGAACCUGGUACCAGGUCAUGAGUACAAGUUCAGGGUGUCUGCAGUCAACAAUGAGGGUGUUUCAGAGCCUCUUGAGGCUGACCACUCCAUCAUUGCGAAGAAUCCGUUCGACGAACCUGGCAAGCCCGGAACACCAGAAGUGGUUGACUGGGACAAGGAUCACGUGGACCUCAAAUGGGAGAAACCCCUCAAGGAUGGUGGAGCGCCUAUCACCGGCUACAUCAUUGAGAAGAGGGAGGUCGGCUCACCCAAGUGGGUGAAGGCUUGUGAGGUCGGUCCUAACGACAAUGAGAAGGCGACAGUCCCCAACCUGGAUGAAGGUACGGAGUACGAGUUCCGUGUCAAGGCUGUCAACGAGGCUGGACCAGGAGAACCAUCCGACGCCAGCAAGUCCGUCAUCUGCAAGCCUAGAAGAUUGGCACCAAAGAUCGACCGUCGCAACCUUCGCCCGAUUAAGGUCCGCGAAGGCGAGCCUAUCUCCCUCGACGUCAAGGUCACUGGAGAACCAGCUCCUGACGUCACAUGGACUCUCAACGGAAAGUCCGUUAACAGCGGCAGUGGAUUGAAGUUGGUGAACGUCCCGUACUUGAGCAAGUACCAGCAUUCAAGCCCGCGCCGCAAGGACUCCGGUACUUACAAGAUUCAGGCCGUCAACAAAUACGGACAAGACACCGCUGAACUUGAAAUUAUUGUUACUUCUAAACCCGACAAGCCUGAAGGUCCACUAGAAGUAUCAGACAUCCACAAGGACGGCUGCACCCUCAAAUGGAAGCGGCCCAAGGAUGAUGGAGGGGAACCCAUCGAGGCUUACCUCGUCGAGAAAUAUGACACGGAGACAGGAACCUGGCUGCCUGUUGGCAAGACGCAUGGCAAUGUGCCGGAGAUGGAGGUCGACGGCCUUAUCCCCGGUCACGAGUACAAGUUCCGCGUGAAGGCAUUGAACAAGGAAGGUGAAUCGGAGCCAUUGGAGACAUUCGGCUCCAUCAUCGCCAAGGAUCCAUUCACUACCCCAGACGCGCCCGGUGCUCCGGUACCGGAUGACUGGUCAGCCAGUCACGUGGACCUCAAGUGGGAGCCCCCAAUAUCAGACGGAGGGUCUCCCAUCAUUGGUUACAUCAUCGAGAAGAAGGACAAGUACAGUCCGCUCUGGGAGAAGGCUGUGGAAACACACACUCCUACACCUUCUGGCACUGUUAAUGGCUUGAUCGAAGGCAACGAAUACCAGUUCCGCGUGAUUGCCAUCAACAAGGCCGGCCAGAGCAAACCUUCGGAAGCCAGCAAGAACUUCGUGGCCAAGCCAAGGUUCUUGGCUCCGAAGAUUGACAGACGCCACCUGAGAGAUGUGACCAUCUCUGCUGGAUCUACCUUGAAGCUGGAGGCCGCUAUCACUGGAGAGCCUGCACCAGCUGUUGAAUGGAGAUACCAGAACAUGCCUCUCCGUCCAUCGAAGGCUGUCAUGAUCGACAGUCCAGAGUACUUCACGAAGCUGGUCAUCCGUCCAGUGCGUCGUGAUGACUCCGGAGAGUACACCGUCACUGCUGUUAACUCCAGUGGCAAGGACCAGGUCACCAUCAACGUGGUCGUCACUGACAAGCCUAUGAAACCUGAGGGACCGUUGCAGAUCUCAGACGUCCACAAGGAGGGAGCUACCCUCAAAUGGAAGAGGCCCAAAGACGACGGUGGCGCCCCCAUCGAAUACUACCAGAUCGACAAACUGGACACAGAGACCGGAUGCUGGGUACCGUGUGCCCGCUCCGAUGAACCAAAAUGUGAGGUGACCGGUUUGACUCCCGGCAAGGAGUACAAGUUCCGCGUGUCCGCCGUCAACUCUGAGGGAGAGUCUGAACCUCUCACCUCUGAGGAGUCUAUCGUCGCCAAGAAUCCAUUCGACGAACCUGGCGCGCCAGGAACUCCAUCAGUCACAGACUGGGACAAGGACCACGUGGACCUCAAAUGGACCCCACCUCGGGACGACGGUGGCGCCCCCAUCGAGGGCUACAUCGUUGAGAAGAAGGACAAGUUUGGCAACUGGGAGAAGGCCGUCGAGGUGCCCGCGGAUAAGACCACGUGCACCGUACCUGACCUCAUUGAGGGACAGACUUAUGAGUUCAGGGUCCGCGCCGUCAACAAGGCCGGUCCAGGAGAACCAAGUGACAGCACCCAUCCUAUUGUGGCUAAGCCCAGGAACCUGGCGCCCAAGAUCGACAGGACCAACCUCAUCGACAUCAAGAUCAAAGUCGGACAGAAGUUCGGGUUUGAUGUCAAGGUAUCCGGUGAACCGAUGCCAGAAACGAAAUGGUUCUUGGCUAAGAAAGAGGUUAAAUCUGGAGGAGACGUCAAGGUGCAGCAUUCAGACUACAACACCAAGCUUAAUUGCAAGACAGCCAAGCGAGCUGACAGUGGAAGAUACACGAUCACUGCUGAGAACAGUAACGGUAAAGAUGUCGCUGAAGUCGAAGUUAUCGUGCUCGAUGUACCAAGUCCACCUGGAGGACCACUCAAGGUCUCCGAUGUUCACGCUCAUGGAGCCAAGCUAUCCUGGAACCCACCAGCAGACGAUGGUGGUCAGCCCAUCGACAAAUACGUGGUGGAACGCAUGGACGAGGCCACCGGACGCUGGGUCACUGCCGGUGAAACGGACGGCCCUAAGACCAGCCUCGCUGUAGAAGGCCUUACGCCCGGACACAAGUACAAGUUCAGAGUCCGAGCCGUUAAUAGGCAAGGCAAGUCCGAGCCUCUCACCACACCACACGCGACCGAAGCCAAGAAUCCGUUCGACGUCGCCGGCAAGCCUGGCACGCCCAAGAUCAAGGACUUCGACAGAGACUUCGUGGAACUUGAAUGGACCAGACCACAGACCGAUGGUGGGGCACCCAUCACCGGCUAUGUCAUCGAAAAGAAGGACCGCUUCUCCCCCGACUGGGAGGAGUGCGCCCAAAUCGAGGGUGACGUCACAACAGGAAAGGUCCCAGACCUCAUCGAAGGAAACACGUACGAGUUCCGCGUCCGCGCCGUCAACAAGGCCGGUAAAGGUGAACCUAGCGAUGGCACAGCACCACAUCUUGCUAGACCUAAGAACCUGCCACCCAAGAUUGACAGGAACUUCAUGUUCGAUAUCAAGGUCAAGGUCGGACAGAACUUCGACCUCGAUGUGCCAGUCGCUGGUGAGCCCACACCUACCAAGGAAUGGUUCAAUGGUGACAACCUCGUCAUGAACACUGACAGGAUCAAGAUUGUCAAUGACACGCACAGCACUAAGAUCCGUGUUAUUGAUGCUAAGAGGGCUGACACUGGCAUCUACACUCUUAAAGCCAGGAACAUCAACGGCACCGACACAGCCACAGUUAAGAUCACUGUUAUGGACGUACCAACACCGCCUGAAGGUCCUCUUCGCGCUGAUGAUAUCACCAAGUCUGGCUGCACUCUCCGCUGGAGGCCGCCCAAGGACGACGGUGGUGCAGAAAUCACUCACUACGUUGUUGAAAAGAUGGACCAAGAGAACAUGCGCUGGAUCCCAGCUGGUGAAGUCCAGUCCUGUAGCAUCAGGAUCGACCACCUCAUCGAAGGCCACGACUACAACUUCCGUGUCCGCGCCGUCAACAAACAUGGUGAAUCACAACCUCUUGUGGGACACGAACCAAUCACAGCCAAGGAUCCUUACGGUACUCCAGACAAACCUGGAACCCCAGUUGUCAAGGACUGGGACAAGGACCACAUGGACCUCGAAUGGGUGCCACCCAAGAAGGAUGGCGGUUCACCCAUCACUGGCUACAUCAUCGAGGCUAAGAAGAGGUACGGACCUUGGGAAGUCGCUGCGACUGUACCUGGAAACAAGACGACUGCCACCAUACCUAACCUCCAGGAGGGUGAGGAGUACGAGUUCAGAGUUAUCGCUGUCAACAAGGCCGGUAACGGAGAGCCCAGCGAUGCUUCCACACCACAGGUGGCUAAGGCCAGGUUCUGUGCACCACACUUCGACAAAAUGCUCUUGGCAGACAAGACUGUCAAGGCUGGCCAGAGGAUCCAAUACGAGAUCCCGAUCGAAGCAUCGCCUAAACCAACUGUCGAAUGGCAGAUCAACGGCAAGGUGAUCCACCCAACAGAUAGGAUUGAUAUCCAGGUUCUACACAACAGGGUCAUUCUAGACAUUCCAUUCUCCGUCCGCGCUGAUGGAGGCGUUUACAAACUGACCUUGAAGAACGACCUUGGAGUUUGCUCUGCUGCAGCUCAAGUGACUGUCCUCGACAGACCUUCGAGGCCUGAGAAGCCUUUGGUCGUAUCUGAUGUUACCAAGGAAUCUUGCUCGCUAUCAUGGAAGGUACCUUUGGACGAUGGUGGAUCGCCGAUCCUCCACUACGUCAUUGAGAAGAUGGACCUGUCACGUGGUACCUGGUCUGAUGCUGGUAUGAGCACUUUCCUAUCGCACCAAGUCACCAGGUUGAUCCACAUGAAGGAAUACUUGUUCAGAGUGAGCGCUGUCAACGCUAUUGGUCAGUCUGAACCUUUGGAGCUGGACCGUGCUAUCGUCGCCAAGAACGAAUUCGACGAGCCAUCCGCUCCUGGCAAACCUAAGGCAACUGACUGGAGCAAGAACCACGUCGACCUUGAAUGGGAGAAGCCUAAGUCUGAUGGUGGAUCACCAAUCACUGGUUACAUCAUUCAGAAGAAGGAGAAGGGCAGCCCCUACUGGGUGAAUGCUGUCCAUGUGCCUCCUAGUAAGAACAAGGCUACUGUACCUGAUCUGACUGAAGGCCAGGACUAUGAGUUCCGUGUCAUCGCCGUGAACCAAGCCGGCCAAUCGGAGCCUAGUGAGCCAUCUGACAUCAUCACAGCCAAGGACAGAUUCGUGGCUCCUAAAAUUCUUACACCACUUAAGGAGAUCCGCAUCAAGGCUGGACUCAUCUUCCACAUGGAUGUGGACUUCAUUGGAGAGCCUACUCCUGAAGUCACAUGGACCUGUGAUGGCAAGCCAGUGGUAGCCAACGAGAGGACAACAGUCACCAUUGUUGGUCACCACACUAUUGUACACACUGUGAACUGCAAGCGUUCCGACGCUGGCAAAUACAACCUGAAACUAAAGAACGACACCGGCACUGAUGAGGGAAGCUUCGAGCUUAUUGUACUUGACGUGCCUGGAGCACCACAGCCUCCAUUCGUAUACGAAGAGAUUACUGCGCAGUCCGUCACGUUAUCAUGGAAACCGCCCUUGGACAACGGUGGCAGUGAGCUUACUGCUUACGUCAUUGAGAAGCGCGACCUCACCCACGGAGGUGGAUGGGUACCCGCUGUUACUUACAUCAACCCGAAAUUCAACCACGCGACUGUGCCACGUCUGGCGGAAGGUACCAAGUACGAGUUCAGAGUAUUCGCUGAGAACCUUCAAGGUCGCUCUGAGCCACUCGUUACAGACAAGGCAAUCAUUGCCAAGAACCAGUACACAGUACCUGGCAAGCCUGGCAAACCAGAGCUUAUUGCUGCAGACAAAGACCACAUCAACAUUAGAUGGUCACCGCCUAUAUCCAACGGAGGAUCCAACAUCCUUGGUUACGACGUCGAGAGACGAGACAAGGCUACUGGCCGCUGGAUCAAACUGAACAAGGACCCAGUCAGGUUGAACGAAUACAAUGACGAAAGGGUACAGGAAGGCCACCAGUACGAAUACAGAGUGUCGGCAGUCAACGCUGCUGGACCUGGACAGCCUUCAGACGAAUCCAACGUCUUCAUUGCUAGACCUAUGAAGGAGAGCCCGAAACUGAGGUUAGAUCACCUCAUUGGCAGGAAGAUCAAGGUCCGUGCAGGCGAACCUAUCAAUAUCAACAUUCCAAUCAGUGGCGCGCCUACACCGACCAUCUCCUGGACCAAGGGAUCAGUUCCUGUUGUACCCUCGCACAGGAUUAGCGCUGAAACUAAGGCUGAUGAAACUAAACUCAGCAUUGAGAAAUCUGUUCGCGAAGAUGCUGGCAAGUACACCAUCACAGCAUCUAACGCCCACGGCAAAGACUCCGCUGACAUUGAAGUUAUCGUUGUUGACAAGCCAGGAGUGCCCAAAGGACCUCUCCUAUGCCAACCCGUCUCACACGACGCCGUCAGCCUCACUUGGCAACCACCUACCGACGAUGGUGGCAGCGAGAUCACUGGAUACGUUGUCGAAGUUGCUGAAUUUGGAGUUAACGACUGGCGCACGGUCGCUGGCUUCUGCCCUAAAUGUUCGUUCACUGUAAAGAACUUGACAGAAGGCAAGAAAUAUGUAUUCAGGGUUCGUGCUGAGAACUUGUACGGUGUCUCCGAUCCAUUGGAGAGCAAGCCUACACUUGCCAAGUCACCGUUCGACCCACCAGAUGCACCAGACACGCCCAAGAUUACUGGAUACAGCUCCAACAGCUGUUCCCUGGAAUGGGAGCCACCGAAGGACUGUGGUGGCAAACCCAUUACUGGAUACUAUGUUGAGAAGAGAGAACGUGGCGGUGACUGGGUCAAGGUUAACAACUACCCAACACCUAACACGUGCUACACUGUAUCUGACCUACGCGAGGGUAACCGCUACGAGUUCCGUGUCAUUGCUGUCAAUGAAGCCGGACCCGGCAAGCCUAGCAAGCCGACUGAACCAAUCACAGCACAGACACAGAGACUUAAGCCCAGCCCACCAGAAGCGCCCAAACCAGACAGAGUCACCAAAGACUCCGUUACAUUGUCCUGGAGGCCACCCAAGAGCGACGGUGGAGCUAAGAUCAAGGGCUACAUCAUCCAACAGAAGGGCAAGGGAGACAAAGACUGGAAGGACGUCAACGAUGUACCUAUUCCCAGCCUGGUCCACACCAUUCCCGCGCUUAAGGAAGGAGCUGAAUACCAGUUCAGAGUCAUCGCUGUUAACGACGUUGGCCGCUCAGAUCCUAGCAAGCCAACCAGCGAGAUCAUCAUUGCUGAACAGCCAAACAAACCAUGCAUGGACCUUGGAGGAGUCAGGGAUAUUACUGUACGUGCUGGAGAGGACUUCUCCAUUCACGUGCCGUACACUGGCUUCCCGCAACCGACCGCGCAAUGGUUCGCCGACGACAACUUGCUUGAUGUUGAAGGUGAUUCGAGAAUAUUCCAGAAGAUUACACCAGAGUCUGCGUCUCUUGUUGUCAAGAACGCGAAGAGGUCAGACGGUGGACAGUACCGCCUGCAACUACGCAACCCAUCAGGAUACGACACAGCCACCAUCAACGUGCGUGUGCUCGACAGGCCUGGAAAACCAGAGAACCUGCGGGCUGAAGAGUUUGAAGGCGAAGCCCUCACACUAUACUGGAACCCACCAAAGGACAAUGGCGGAGGCGAGAUUACCAACUACGUGGUUGAGAAACGCGAAGGCAGAACUGCCAACUGGACCAAGGUAUCAGGCUACGUCACCACUCCGUUCUUGCGGGUGAAGAACUUGACGGUCGGAAAGGACUACGAAUUCAGGGUUAUGGCUGAGAACCAGUAUGGUCAGUCAGACCCAGCACAGACUGCUGAGCCGAUCAAGGCUAGGCAUCCAUUCGACCCGCCUGGCGCACCUGGAGCUCCUCGCUCUGUGGAGACAACAGAGUCUUCCAUCACGAUUACCUGGACGAAGCCGCGUCACGACGGUGGCUCGCCUAUUACUGGUUAUGUCGUAGAAAAGCGACUUAUAACUGAGGAUAAAUGGACGAAGGCAUCUCAUGCACACAUUCCUGACACUACAUACAAGGUUACUGGCCUGAUUGAGAACCAUGAGUAUGAGUUCCGUGUGGCGGCUAUUAACGCUGCCGGUCAGGGACCGUACUCCGCCAGCUCUGACGCUAUCAGGGCCUGCGCACCACCGAACUCGCCCAAGAUCACCAGCGAUCUCAGCCUUAGGGACAUCACAGUUAUUGCUGGAGAGGAGAUCAAGAUUACUGUGCCGUUUACUGGCAACCCAAGGCCAAAGGUAUCAUGGAUUGUAAACAACGAGGAAGUGUUCCCGGACAACCGUAUCCGCUUCGUGACGUCAGAUGUAGACACUGUAUUCCACAACUCGCCUGCUAAGAGGUCCGACACAGGAUCCUACACCAUUCAGCUGGUUAACAGCGAAGGUUCAGACAGUGCUACAUGCAGGGUAUUAGUAGUGGACAGGCCAUCACCGCCUGUAGGACCUAUGGACGCAUACGACAUUACUCCAGACACGUGCACGUUGUCAUGGAAACCACCGCUAGAUGAUGGUGGAUCUCCCAUCACCAACUAUGUGGUCGAAAAGAUGGACAACAGUGGAGUAUGGUCAAAGAUCUCAUCGUUUGUCCGCAACUGCCACUACAAUGUCAUGGGAUUGGAACCGAACCGCAAGUACACGUUCCGCGUUCGCGCUGAGAACCAGUAUGGCGUAUCCGACCCAUUGACUAUGGACGAUGCUAUCACUGCCAAGUUCCCGUUCACGAUCCCCGACCCGCCUGGUAUGCCUCGCGUCACCGACUGGGAUGGCUCAGCCGCCUCCCUAAUCUGGGACAGGCCGCGCUCCGACGGUGGAGCCCGCAUCCAGGGCUACAAGCUGGAGUACAGGGAUGUCCAGGACGGUAUCUGGAACAGCUCCGAUUAUCUUGUCAAGGAUUGCAAUUACCAGGCUUACAACUUGGAGCCAGGCCACGAGUAUGAGUUCCGUGUCCGUGCAAAGAACGCGGCGGGCUGGAGCAAAUACUCGGCGAGCUCGCAGCGGUUCAAGGUCCGGGGUAAGGCCAACCCGCCCGCCCCGCCCCGCGCGCCUCGCGUGCUCAGGGUCGGAAGAAACUACGUGGACCUGUCUUGGGACCCACCGGCCCAUGAUGGAGGUUCCCGUGUGACGGGCUACAUCAUUGAGCGCCGUGACGUCGGCAGUUCCGUCUGGAUAAAGUGCAAUGACUACAACGUACAGGACACCACCUUUACUGCCAUGAACCUCAACGAAAAGGCUGACUAUGAGUUCCGCAUUGUCGCUGUUAACUCGGCUGGCAAGUCAGAACCGUCAAGCUGCACUACCCCAGUCCGCACUGGCGAGGAGUUGGGCGGAACUAAACCAGAAUGGGUGAAGCAGCUUCCACCGACAGUUUGCGCGCCGCUGGGCAAGCCCUUCACGCUGGAGUGCGUCGCUACUGGCAACCCAGUGCCCACUGGCAGGUGGCUCAAGAACGGCCGAGAAGUCGUUUUGGGUAACAGGUUUAUCGCUGAGUCCCGCGAGGGUACCCUCCGGCUGAACAUCACGGCGGCGACGGACGCGGACGAGGGCGACUACACGUGCGAGGCCGUCAAUAACAUCGGCUUCAUCUACUGCACUGGACAUCUUAAGAUCGGAAACCCACCGCGCAUCGUCCGCAUGCCAGGCGACCUUCACCUGCCGGAGCACGACAACACAAAGAUCAAGAUCCUGUACACCGGAGACCAGCCCGCCGACGUUGUCCUCACCAAGGAUGGACACAAACUCUCCGACUCUCCACACUUCAAAUACACCGUUUUCGAUGAUUACAUUCUUAUCUUCAUCAAGGAUAUCACUAAGGAUGAUAUGGGCAUUUACAAGAUCUCAAUCACGAACAAAUCAGGCGAAACGUCAGACACGUUCAGCGUCACCGUCACCGGAUUACCAGGACCUCCUCAAGGCCCGUUGGAGACUACAGACAUCUCCCGUCACUCGUGCACUCUCGCCUGGAAACCUCCCUCUUACGACGGAGGUCUUCCAGUCACUCACUACAUUAUCGAACGUAACGACAUCUCGGGAACAGCGUGGAUAACUAUCGCGUCCUCUGUGAGGGACACCAAGUUCACCGUGCAAGGAUUGACUGAGGGCCAGGAGUAUAACUUUAGGAUUCAUGCCGCUAAUGAUAACGGCAUGGGACCAGCUCUUGAGGGAGCUAGCCCGAUUAAGGCCAAGGCACCAUACGACCCACCAUCAGCUCCUGGAAUCCCCAAGAUCCUGGAGGUCGGAGGAGACUUCGUCCACCUGGAAUGGGACAAACCAGAGAGUGACGGUGGAUCUAGGAUUCAAGGUUACUGGAUCGACAAACGCGAGGUCGGUACAUCGACCUGGCAGCGCGUAAACCCGACGCUGUGCCUGCCGAACCAAUGGAACUGCUCCAACCUGAUCGAGGGUCGCCAGUACGAGUUCCAGGUCACGGCACAGAACGAGGCCGGAGUCUCGCCGCCCAGCAGCGCUAGCCAACAGGUCAAGGUCGUCGAUCCUAAAGCCGCCACACCGCCAGAGAUCGUGAAACCAUUGAAGAAUGCCAACUGCAUCCAGUACCACAACGCCAAGUUCCAGUGCACCAUCACUGGACUACCGAAACCUACCAUCACAUGGUACAAGGGUGCUCGCGAGAUAACAAACGGACCUCGUCACCGCAUCUGGAGCGAGGGAGACAACCACUUCCUGACUGUCAUGGAUGUCUUCGGUGAAGAUGCCGACGAAUAUGUCUGCCGAGCCGUCAACCGCGCUGGUGUCAAGUCUACCAGGGCUGAACUGCUGAUUAUGACUGCACCUAAACUGAACGUGCCGCCUCGCUUCCGUGUGACCGCGUACUUCGAUAAGGGCGAGAACGUUGUCAUUAAGAUUCCUUUCACCGGCCACCCAGUGCCUAAGAUCACUUGGGUCAGGGAGGGAGAGACCAUCGAGUCUGGUCUCCACUACCACGUUGAGAGGAAAGAACGUCACGCGAUCCUAACGAUCCGUGAUGCCAGCAAGCUCGACUCGGGACCAUACAGGAUCACCGCUGAGAACGAGCUUGGACAGGAUUCCGCUACCAUCAACGUUGAAAUCAGCGACCGUCCCGACCCACCACGAUUCCCAGCGGUGGACAACAUCGGCGUGGACUCGCUGGCUCUCAGCUGGAAGGCUCCAGUCUGGGACGGCGGCUCCGAUAUCACCAACUACCUGGUCGAGAAGAGGGAACACCCCAUGUCCAGCUGGAUCAGGGUUGGAAACACCAGGUUUACAACAAUGGCGAUCACAGGCCUAGUACCAGGCAAACAGUACGAGUUCAGAGUGUACGCUGAGAACAUCUACGGCAGGUCGGAGCCUAGCGAGCCGACCACUCUGGUACAGACUAAAGCCAUCAUCAAGAAGGAGUUCCAGAAGAAGGAAUAUCCUGUUGACGAAACAGGCAAGCGCAUCCGCACGAACGCAGACCACGGACCAAUCAAGGACUAUGAUAGCUACGUAUUCGAUAUAUACAGCAAAUACGUGCCACAGCCGGUCGACAUCAAUACUUGCUCGGUCUAUGACAAGUAUGAUAUAUUAGAAGAGAUUGGUACAGGCGCGUUCGGUGUUGUCCACCGUUGCCGCGAGAGGGCCACAGGCAACUAUUUCGCGGCUAAGUUCAUACCGGUCGCUGGCGCUAUGGAGAAGGAACUCAUCAAGAAGGAGAUCGACAUCAUGAACCAACUUCACCAUCGUAAGCUGAUCAACUUACACGAUGCCUUCGAGGAUGACGAUGAGAUGGUUCUCAUCUUCGAGUUCUUAUCCGGAGGCGAGUUGUUCGAGCGCAUCACAGAGCCAGGAUACAACAUGUCCGAAGCUGAGGCAGCUCACUACAUGCGCCAGAUCUGUGAGGGAGUCAGACACAUGCACGAACAGAACAUUAUCCAUCUGGACCUUAAACCGGAGAACGUUAUGUGCCAGACUAGAACUGGUACUGAUGUCAAGAUCAUUGACUUCGGUCUCGCCACCAAGUUAGAUCCUAAUGAAGUGGUUAAGAUAUCGACCGGUACUGCCGAGUUCGCGGCGCCUGAGAUCGUGGAACGUGAGCCGGUUGGUUUCUACACAGACAUGUGGGCCGUCGGAGUGCUGUCUUAUGUACUGCUCUCCGGUCUAUCGCCAUUCGCUGGCAACAACGACAUUGAAACCCUGAAGAAUGUGAAGGCAUGCGACUGGGAGUUCGACGAGGAAGCCUUCCAGCACGUGUCUGAUGAUGCAAAGGACUUCAUCAGGAGACUGCUAGUCAAGAACAAGGAGAAGCGUAUGACAGCGCACGAGUGCCUGAUGCACAAAUGGUUGGCGGGCGACGCCGCGGCGGCACGCACUGCGCAUAUAUCCGCGCGCCGGUACGAGGCGCUGCGGGACAGGCUCAGGGCGCAGUACGAGAACUGGUCAUCAUUCAGACUGCCGAUCGGCAGGCUGAGCGAGUACAGCUCACUCCGCAAACUGCUCAUCGAGAAGUGGAAGAUAUACGACGGACAGUUCGACCGCAGACAAGCAGCGCCACGCUUCGUGAUCAAGCCUCAGUCCGCGUUCUGCUACGAGGGCCAGUCUGUGAAGCUGUACUGCCGCAUCAUCGCCUGCGCCACCCCCACCGUCACCUGGUCCAGGAACAACCACGAGCUCAGACAGUCUGUCAAGUUCAUGAAGAGGUAUGCUGGCGACGACUACUACUUCAUAAUCAACCGAGCCAAGCUGGAAGACCGUGGAGAGUACAUCAUCAGGGCUGAAAACCACUACGGAUUCAGGGAGGAGGUCGUCUUCCUGAAUGUACAACCGGUCCCGAAGGUCCAGCGCCAGCACCUGCCGGAGGCCCCGCGUCGGCGCGAGGCCCUGCCGUACACGUUCUGGCAGGAGUCGUCCGAGACGGCGCCCGCCUUCACGUUCCAGCUGCGGCCGCGCGUCAUGCAGGCGCGCGACACCUGCAAGCUGCUCUGCUGUCUCAGUGGCAAGCCCACGCCCACUGUCAAGUGGUACAAGGACAAGAGAGAACUAUCUAAAUAUGAUUACGCGAUGACCCACUCCGAUGGCGUGGUGACGCUGGAGAUCAUCGACUGCAGACCGGAGGACAGCGGGAAAUACACGUGCAUCGCCACCAACGUACACGGCACUGAUGAGACCUCUUGUGUCGUUAUCGUCGAGGGCGAGGUUACGUCACCGGAGCAAGCACAGAUGAUCCACAACUUCCUCCACUCCGGAGACAGGCGUUACAUUGAGAAGCCACUCAAACCAGCGCCGCCACCGAUCAUCACCAAGACCAAGGUGACAAUCGACCCGCCCGCUAAGACCGCGCUCAGACCAAAGUAUUCACCACAGUCAUCAGUAGAUGCUAGCAAGAAGAAAUAUGGCGGACUCUCACGACUGGACUCGGAUACGUCAUCCAGGUCCAGGAGUGCUACUAAGGAGCUCAUAUUGCCCGCGUCAGACUCGUCGAUGUGUGCCCCAUCGUUCGCGCGGUCCCUGCCAGACGCGCUAUGCGCCAAGGACGGCGCGCCCCUACUGCUGUCGGCUGCCGUACGCGGGGACCCUGAUCCACGCGUCCAGUGGUACAAGGACGGGAAACCAUUACAUUCAUCCGAGGUGGUAGACCUCAAGUACAAGAAUGGAGUAGCGUCGCUGGCCAUCAACGAGGUGUUCCCUGAAGAUGAGGGCAUCUACUCACUGAAGGCCAUCAACAGCCAGGGCGAGACUGAAACCAAGUGCAAAGUCACUGUCAAACCAAUGGAGAGUACGGCGGCGGCGGCCGUGAAGCUGGGCGACAAGCCUCCCAGAAUAGUGGACCACGCCGUCUCACAGACUGUCACCGACGGGGACGCCGUCACGCUGUCCUGCAGGAUCACGAACGCGGAACGCUUCGACGUGAUCUGGCUGCACAACAACAAGGAGAUCAAGCCUUCAAAGGACUUCCAGUACUCCAGCGAGGCUAACAUUCACAAGCUGCACAUCGCCGAGAUAUUCCCUGAGGAUGCCGGUGUUUACACAUGCGAGGCAUUCAACGAUGCAGGCGAGUCGUUCUCGUCAUGCAGCCUGGUAGUCCGGGUGCCGGGCGAGACCGCCCCCUCCCCCCACUACACCGCCUUCCCCAGCUCCGCCACCGUCAGCAACGCCGAGCCCGCUGUCUUCACCACUGAGUUGGACAAGCCACCACUCCAGCUUCAAUGGUUGAAGGACGGCAAACCAAUCGACGAGACCUCCGCCAGAUAUAAGUUCAUGAUGGAAGGCACCUCUAGGUACCGGCUCGAGAUCGUCAAGUGCAGCCCUGACGACGCAGGACAGUACCAAGCCCGCGCCGUCGGCUCUAAAGGUGACGCCCUUGCAGCGUUCUACCUUAACGUUGUCGACCACUAAACUAUGGACUGACUGUGGGAAACCGCAUGGGACCCAAAACGGCACCCUGCGGAACACCCACACAAAAAUAACUGGAUGAUACGAUAUUGAGUAUGAGUAACGAUUUUUUAUACAAUUCGGAGUCGUUAGUGUGUAAAGCAGUUUUUUUACAUUAUAUUAAAUUAUUAUUUAUUAAUAAACAAUUUACGUUAAGUGUUACACCCUGUCGAAUGCCUAUGAGAAGACCUGGAAACUCGAAUCCUCGUACGCUCUCUAGUCACUGUUUAAUUUUAAAUGUUAUUUAUUUAUUUGUCAACUAUUAUCCGUUGUUAUUUUUUUGUUUAUUUAUCGUCCUCUCCUAACAGAUAUGCAGCUUAUUUUAAAAAGCUUGAGUUUAAUAAAUGUUGGCAUAGAUUGUUGGCUAGUGUCUCUAGCCGGGUCGCCGCCACCACGACCCGACUUGCGACCCUCGCUCACCGAAAUCUGUAUAAUUAUUUUUAUAUAAAUUUAACUGUAUUAUUUAAUUGUACAUAAUUUAAUUUAUAUCAUGUGACCGAGUAAUUUAUGAAUAAAUAUGUAUACUUAAAAAUAAAAGAGGUAUUUUAUUUCUCUAAUACGUUUUUCCGCAUAUAUCCUUGCGUUUUUUUAAACGUUCGAACGAUUGUUUUU